AUGGACAUUUAUGAAAGACUAGAUCAAUUGCAAACGACAAUCUUUAAUGAUUUGGAUUCGCUAGUGCAAACGCUAGACGAGCCCGAGGAUGAGCUCAAGCAAGCUACCGAAGCAAUUCAAUCGCAGAUCAACCAUCAUUUACUCGAAUUCAAGGAUCUACUAAGUAUACUCAAACUCCAACAGAAGCAAAAAACUACCGCCACCAUUUCUACCAAGAGGAAUUCUGCUUUACAGAUUUACGAGUUGAAAUAUGAGUCGCUCAAGAAGAAAUUCCGCAGUUUACAAGUAUACAUCAACGAAACUCAACAGGGUAAACUCCACGAGUAUAGAUUAAAACGUUUCAAUCUUCUUCCGGAAAGUAGCAGUGGCGCCACUAACACCACCAACUCAACUAGUGAACGAGACCAGCUUUUCGCCCAUAGAUCCCACCGCAAACCAGACGAGAAAACAUCCAUCGCCCAGCAAAUCAAUGCGCAAAACACCAAAAUCACAACCUCAUUACAAACCUCACGCAAUUUACUCCUGGCAUCAAUCUUGCAGUCGGAAUUGAAUAUCGACGCAAUAGACCAACAGUCGAAAGACUUGAUGAAGUUGAAUGAAAAUUUCAUCAAGUUUGGCGACUUGCUUCAGAAGUCUCAAGGCAUCAUCAAGUUUAUUGAAAAACAGGACAAGGCCGACCGGCAACGGAUUUACUUGAGUGUAGGGUUCUUCUUGUUGUGUUGCUGCUGGGUCAUUUACCGUCGUGUCUUGAGACGCCCCUUGCGUGUUUUGUUUUGGAGUUUGUUUAAAAUUUUCAACAUCUUUGGCUGGAUUUUCGGUGGGUUUGGGAGAAAUAUAUCAGCACCCGAGUUUUCGCAGGAAGCAGCUGUUAAGGAAGGAGAAGAUGAUGUUGUUGCUGCUGCUGCUGCUGUUGUUACGAGUAUUAUUGACGCGUUGAGCACUACGUCGUUGGUGGAAGAGAUCUUGAGCGCGGCAACUUCGGUGGUGACGGAGAUUUUGACUGAGAGCAGUGGAAGUUCGGUAGCAAGUGAACUGCCAUCUGUUAGUCUCAUCGCGACAACAAUAGAGAGGCUAGUUGAUGAGCUAUGA